AUGCUUUCUACAUCAACGGAUCCAAAACCAGCGAUGGUAGCGGAUCUGGAUGAACAAUUUCAUAUUUUUGUGGGUGAUUUGAGCUCAGAAAUCGAGACCCAACAAUUACGCGAAGCUUUUACACCAUUUGGUGAAAUUUCUGAUUGUCGCGUUGUACGCGAUCCACAAACAUUAAAAUCAAAGGGUUAUGGAUUUGUGUCAUUUGUCAAAAAAUCGGAGGCUGAAAGCGCCAUCACAGCUAUGAAUGGACAAUGGCUCGGCUCGCGUUCGAUUCGAACGAAUUGGGCCACACGAAAACCGCCAGCGAGUAAAGAGAACAUCAAACCAUUGACAUUCGAUGAGGUCUACAUUCAAAGCAGCCCCUCAAAUUGCACUGUUUAUGUGGGUGGUGUCAACAGCGCCUUAACUGCGCUUAGCGAGGAAAUCCUACAGAAGACCUUUUCGCCAUACGGUUCGAUACAAGAGAUACGCGUCUUUAAGGAUAAGGGCUACGCAUUUGUGCGCUUUUCAACCAAGGAAGCCGCCACACAUGCCAUUGUCGGCGUACACAAUACGGAAAUCAAUGCGCAACCUGUUAAGUGUUCGUGGGGCAAGGAGAGCGGUGAUCCGAAUAAUGCACAGACAAUCGCCAGUCAGGCGCUUAAUCCCGCAGCAGCUGCUGCAGCCGGUUUCCCGUAUAGUGUUGGGGCAGCCGCAGCUGCUGCAGCCGCCUAUGGGCAACAGCUGGCCGCCACCGGUUGCUGGUAUUCACCAACGCCAACGUAUUCCGCUUCGUCGACCACAGCGGCCGUAACACCGGCUGCUGCCGCCUCCGCAGCCGCGGUGCAGAAUCAAUUCUUGCAAGGCAUUCAGGGAUAUCACUUCGGACAGUAUGGUGGCUAUCAGCAAGGAUAUAUGGGCAUGGGCGUACAAAUACCCGCCACUUGGCAAGGCGUUGCUACCCAAGCGCAAAUAUCUCCCGCUCAACAGUUGGCGACGGGCGUGCCUGGUGCUGCCAUACCGCAAGCUGCCGGCGUGGUCGCCUAUCCGAUUCAGCAAUUUCAAGUGAGCCCACAGUUGCCAGAAGAUGAAUGGUUAGCAGCAAAUUUAAUAUGUUAGUUAUAAAUAAUGUAAGCGGGCAGAGUAUCGCUACA